AUGGAUGAAUUAUUAGUACAUUUAUCCUGGAUUAAUCAUAUGGCAAAGCGAGUAUUGAGUCAAUCUGAUACAGCAUCAGAAAAACUUCUUUUAUGCUUGGAAUUUGCUUCAAAUAAACAAAAAUUUCAAGAUAUUUCUCUGAAAUCAGAUAUUGAAACCAUACAAGAUGUUUUAUUAGGAAUACAAUAUUUAAUUAUCGCUUCCAUUUUUCAUGAUGUUACGGUUUCAAAUCAAAAUGCUAACGACAAUUAUUCUUCUGUCCUAAAUAUUUUAGAUUCAAUUGGAUAUAAGCCACAGCAACCAUGUACUGUUUCUGGUCUUGUAUCAGGAAAUGCAGAAGACCACUUAAAUUUAUGUUUGAUCAUCGAAUUUGUCGUUUUUGACAAAACUUUAACCAAAGAUCAAUUGAUAAGUGACAUAAGAAGACUUCCAAGAUCAUUUUACGUUUUGGAAAAACAAGUAAAUUUCAUAGAAGAAGCAAUUAACAUUUGGGUUUCAAAAUUUCCCUGUAUUCAUACAAUUCCUGAUAUUACUGAUGCACAACAUGAUAUUGCAAAAGGAUAUUAUGUUGCAGGAAUCCUAUCAAGAGUUUUUCCCGCACAAGUUCCAAAAUCUUCUAUAGUAAUCAAUAGUAACAUGACAGAUGAACAAAUUAAGAGUAAUUGGGACCUUUGCAAACCUGUUUUGAAUGAUUUGGGCGUUUUUACACCAUCGAAAUUUCCAAUUCCAGAAAAACUCUUCAUGUGCUUCAUUUCGGAUCUCUUUUAUGCAACUAGGGUAGGCGCUAAAAAGUUCGUUAAGGUAGAACCUCCGCCACCUCCUGUAGCUGUUGUAAAACCGAUCGUAACUCCAAUAAGCGUUCUUCCUGCGCGGCCAUUGAUCAUUACAUCAGUAAUAAACAAACAGCCUCGUCCUAAAACUUCAACUUCCUCUUCAAGAGGAAACAACCAAAAUAAGAAAUUAUCGAAACAACCAAAUGACACAGAAAAAACAAAGAACGCUAUGUCAACACCUAUUGUUGCCUCUUCUAAUAACGAUGUCGAAAUCGAAUUAGUUUCCAUAGCAUUAGAGAAUUUUACAGGUCAUAACGAUCCAGAAAAUUCACAGUUUGCAAAAGUCAUUGUUAAGUUUGCAAACAGCCAUAAAAUAAACAACAAAGAGUUCCUAGCAAAAUUUUCUGGGAAAGAAGAAUUUGCUCAGAAAUUUUUUGAAUGGUGCAGGAAAAAACCAGAAGGAAUCCCUCCUUCUGUCAUGAAAGUAGUGAAAAAGAAGCCGUGGAUCGCUAAAGAAAAGCAAUCGAACGAAUCUCAUGAAAAACAUCAUCAUAAACACGAAAGUUCAUCGAAAAAUGAUAAAAAGGAUGAAAAACAAGAUCAGAACAAGCAGGAAAAGAAGGAAAACGUGAAAAAUAAAAAUAAUGAGAAUCAAAACUCAAAAUCUGCUUCUGAAACAUCUACAAAUGAUAAGAAAAGUGAAAAUACAGAUCAGAGUAAGCAAGAAAAGAAAGAAACUGAGAAAAAUAAAAAUCAUGAAAAUCAUAAUUCGAAAAAUUCCACUCAUACUUCAUCAAAUGAGAAGAAAAAUAGUUCCAAACAUAAUGAAGAUGAUAAAAACCAUGAAGAUCCGAAAUCAGAUAAAAAUAAAGUCAAAGAUCAGAAUUCAAAGGAUGAAAAUAAGGAAUUAAAAAAUUCUGAUAAAAAAGAAAUUGAUCAAUCACAAAAUCAGCCUAAAAAUGACAAAAAUCAAGAAAAUGAAAAUAUUGAGAAAGAAAAACAAAAUCCAGCUCAAGAACAGCCAAAAAUAGUUGAUAAAUCUAAACUUCCACAUGUUAAAUGGGUUGGAGUUGAUGAAAUUGCAGCAAGAAGAGCAAUGAUAAACGCACAAAAGAAAAACAGUCUUUCUAUUUAUGGCGACUCCGAAGAAUCACUUCCUGAUGAAUUUGAAUUGCGAAUGGACCCUCCAAAGAAAGCAAUUCCGGAAAGAUUCAGAUUAUCUCACUCCAAAAAGGAAAUUACGGAACAUACUUCAACAGUUCCUAAUAUUAGCACAAUAGCUAAUGCUUUGAAGUAUCACGCGCUUCCAGGACCAGCUCAUGUCGAUGAAUACAAUAAUUUGAUGAAAAUUUUACAAGAUAGAUUCUCAAAUGAGAGAAUUUUGAUAUUAAUGGCAUCAAGAACUAUGAAAUAUAAGGGUAUUUACAUCCUAAACAAUGAUGUCGCAAAAAAAAUUUAUGGAAUCGGCCAAGACAGCAUUUAUCAGUCGGAUGUCUCUGCCUUCUAUAAAUUUGUUAACGGAACGAAACAGUACGAAAGAAUUUUAUCCAAAUCUUUCACUCAGACAACAGAUGGUUUUUCCAUGAAAAGAGAAAAAGAGCCACAAUCGUGGUAA